AUCCGUGCGAAUUUAGUGCGACAAGAGGAUUAAUAUUGUUUUUUCCUUAUUAAUAUUGCUUGUAAUAAACGAGUUAUAAUCGAAUAGAAAUAUUAAUUGUGUUUUAAAUUAGUAAAUCUUCUGAGAUUGUUUGUAAUUAAACAAAUUAUUAAUUAUUCCAUGUAAUCGCAAGGGAAAGAAAGAAUUGGAUUUAGUGACAAAGAAAAAAAAGCGGAAGGUAGAAACAAAGGUGGAAUAAAAGUGCAAAGGAAUACACAGUGUUAUAUUAUUGUGCUCAUGUAUAUAAUCAAUUAUUGACACAAGUAAAAUAGAAUCAUAAGAUUCCAUGUGAUUCGGUGAAUUCUUAGUGCAAUUGCAUAAAAUAAGCUGCAAAACGUUGACGUCAAUAUUGAAAAGAAAUAAAACACAGCAUAAUAGAAGUUUUAGACUGAUUUGUUGGAAAUAAAUAUUGGCUAAAUGGAGGGAACGGAUGGAUCACCCCCACCUUCCUUGUGUAUUGUACGCGCUACUGAGUUUUUCCCAAGAUUAAACAUGGAAAAAGAAGAUGCAGAAUUGGAAGUACCCUAUCAGGAACUUGCAGGGGAAUUCGUCUUAUAUCUAGGACGUACUGAUGAUGGCAUUUUAUCGCUCUCAACAUACCGUAUAUUUAUACUUAAAAACUCUACAAACUCGGAGACAUCCGUGCCACUAGGGUUAAUCGAAGGCUUACAGAUACGUGACCUGUUUCAUCUAAUCAUCAAUUGCAAGGACGCUAGCACCGUUAAAUGUUCCUUUGAAACAGCUGAACAGUGCGCCGAAUGGCUGCGACGCAUUCAGUUAUGCGUCGGCGUGCCAGAAACUUUAGAAUCGCUAUUCGCAUUUCCCUUCCACUCGUACAUGAGUGAUGCAAUAAAUAUGCAAAGCGAAGCUUAUAAUUCACCCGAGUACCUGGAACGCUUACAGCGCGCUAAACGUGCAGACGAUGAUUUUAUGAGCGAAGUCGUACGACUUGGCUUCGAUUUGAACGGAACGUGGCGUAUUUCCAAAACGAAUGAAGAAUUCAAAUUAUGUCCGUCAUACCCGCAGCGAUUACUGGUGCCGGCCUGCAUUUCGGAUGACAUGCUUUACGAAGUGGCGAAAUUCCGUGGAUCGCGCCGAUUGCCAGCCGUUGUGUGGCGUCACAAAAAAUCCGGUGCAGUGAUUGCACGUUGCAGUCAACCCGAAGUGGGUUGGUUCGGUUGGCGUAAUAACACAGACGAACAAUUACUCAAAGCUUUGAGUGAGGCGUGUGCAUUCGAUCGAGGUGAACAAAUGCGUCGCCAAAGUCAGUCUAUCAACACGACGGGACGAAGAAUGACACCAAGUGAGAGUACGCCCUCAAGCACUGACGGCAGUCAUGAGGAAGUCACGAUGGAUGAAGUGCAGAAAGUCCUGAUUGUUGAUGCGCGCAGCUAUGCUUCCGCGGUAACGAAUCGUGCACGUGGUGGUGGUUGCGAAUGCAUUGAAUAUUAUCCGUCGGCUGAAAUCGAGUUCAUGAAUCUGGGUAACAUACAUGUUAUACGUAGGAGCUUUCAAGCGUUAAGACAACUCUGUGCUUCGCCAGCAGAUAGUCAAAAUUGGCUAGGCUCGCUCGAGAAAACAUUUUGGUUGCAGCAUCUCUCUGGGCUAUUGGCCGCUACCAUAACUGUUUGUCAUGCUAUUGAGAAGAAGGGGCGGCCAGUGCUGGUGCACUGUUCGGAUGGUUGGGAUCGCACGCCACAAAUUGUGGCCACAGCACAAUUGUGCUUGGAUCCGUAUUACCGCACUGUAGAGGGUUUCCGCGUAUUAGUCGAACGUGAAUGGUUAAGUUUUGGCCAUAAAUUCUCAGAUCGUUGUGGCCAUGGUCCUGGUUCGGAUGAGCUGAAUGAACGUUGUCCAGUUUUCCUGCAGUGGUUAGAUUUGGUACAUCAAAUACACAAACAAUUUCCUUGCAGUUUUGAAUUCAACAUGGCUUACUUGAUCAAAUUAGCACAACAUUCACAUUCAUGUCUUUUCGGCACCUUCCUAUGUAACACGUACAAGGAGCGUUGCGAAAAGUCGGUGUUUGAGCGUACUUACUCAGUAUGGCCUUUCCUAUCCGGACCGAUGUAUAAAAGUCCACUUUAUCUACCAAAUAAAGAUACGGUUAUUUGGCCAGCGCACAAUGUACGAGAUCUGCAUUUAUGGACUGAAGUUUAUUUAGGAAGUUUGGGAAAUCAAAAUAGCGUUGAAUUCGUAAAUAAUAGCAACGAAAAUUUGCAGGGAACGACAACUCCUAUGACUAAGACGCGUUCGUACGGCGAUUUAGUGUCAGCUAACAUAAUGCAGAGUGGCAUCUCACGACGUUCCAGCGAUCCAAACAUGACUGUGGAACCGAAUUUAACAAUGGCUACAAAUUCUGAAAACAACUCCAACGCCGAUACACAAUCCGAACGUGAAGAUUUGCCCGAUAAUGUUGUUGAAAUGAUGCAGGGAAUUGAGAAUCUCACCAUCCAGCCAAAUAAUCGCGAUGAAGAUAGCUUUGUGGAUGCCGCAAACACUACAGAGGACCCACAAACUAGUUAUACGCAGCCCAGAGAAUUGAAUGAACCUAUUGCGAAUACUGUAGUGACUAUAGACUACAAGAGCAGUCAACUUUCAGCUUUAAAUAAAAAUGAGCUCCCAAGACACAAUGAAAAAAAUGAUAAUUCAAAUGACAUUAAGCCUAAGGCUAACGGUAUCGAGCACCAAAAUGGCAAUACAAAUGCUGCCCACAGUAGCAAGGAUAUAAGUGAUUCGGGAGGCGGCGAAAAAAAAUUUAAAUCAAAUACAAACGAGGAUCUUUUGAUAAGCGUAGAACUGAGUGAUGCAAGCCACAAUAUGGAUGAAGCAUUGGGCAGACAUUGGCAUGGCGCUGUCAGCACCAGCACAGAUACUUUAGUACCAAUCGAAAGAAGACCAAGUACUAAUGGGGAUGAACUACCAUCCACGCCUCCAAAAGUGGGAGUCGAUGUUACAGAUGGAUUUCAUACACCUGAAAAACUGUCUACAUCGGCGGACAAAGAAGAGCUUGGCUUAAGUUCUCCGUAUGUUCUUUUAAAACAAGAGCGACAAAAUUCUUCAACUGGUAAUGGCAACAAUGAAAACAGACGUCCCGCCAACGGCGUUAGUAACAGUAUUAUGCCAAAUGUUCAUUGCACAAACGGUAGCUCGAAUCGUGCAAAUAUCUUGUCAAAUUCAUCUAGUAAUGCCUCCGUUUCGUCAACAUCGUCUUCACUCAAUAAUUUUAAUACAAACAUGAAUAAUACGAACAGUAAUAGCAAUAACAGCAUCGCAACAACAAUGACAACAGCCACAGAUCAAAGCGCAAAUGAUAUUGCUGAAAUAGAUGUAGAACCGUGUAUUGCUAAUACAGGCGCGCAAGCAAAUUCAACUGAUGUCAUGAAUGAAAGCAUCAUGAUUUUGCCAGAACAUCGAAAAUUGCAAAUAUCUGUGAGUGGCAAGUGUGAGGCUAUCUCGAAUAAUGGCUCGUCCUUACCAACGUCCCCAACAGGCUCUGAUGAAAAGCCAAGUACUAGUCGUGCAAGUGGCCAAAACAGUAGAAGUGAAAAUUUUUGGAAUGGUAGAGGCGCUGAAGGCGGUAGACAAAAUAGUGGUGGGGCCGGUGGUAGUGGUGCCACUGGUAGUGCAGGUAGUGGCGGCAGUGGUGGUUCCAGUACUGGUGGUGCCGGUGGUAGUGCUGGUGAUGGUGCCGGUCGUGGUGAUGAUAAUGGUAGCAAUGGUGGUGCCAGUGGUAGUGGUGAUAAUGCUAGCAGAGCCAAUGGUAAUGGCGCUAGUGGUGAGGAAAACGGACAACAACGCCGUCGACGCCCUUCAAAUUCAAAUCGACAAUAUGAUGGAUUUCACAUGCGGCAACCAGACGGAAGCGUACGUUAUUUCUUUACGGGUAGCCGUAGGCCUGGUAUACGCUCCUUACCGUUGUCACCGCCUCCCCGUCAGGAACGACCUCAUCUGUUAUAUUCCUGCCCUGACGGUUUGGCGCAUGCGUUGAGCGAACAAAAUAUGCGUCUACAUCAAAUUGUGCAAGAACAUAUGUUACGAGAGGAUAUUCUAUUGCAAGAAAUACAUGAUAUGGAAAUUGAGCUACGAAGGAAAAGAUGUCCAAAUUGCAAUGCCGCUCAAAAUAGUGAUAAGAACGAAGAACAGGUAGACGAACUCUUAGUUAGCCGAAGUAGAAUACGUGAUUGUACUAAGUGCCAAGGCUGGAAUGCGAGAUCGUGUACAAAAUGUAAAUUACUAUUGCAACAGCAGCAAUAUCGACAACAACAACAACAGCCACUGCAAAAGCAACCACGACCUCGUUGUCACACUGCGGUUGAUUAUCGUGAUCGAUUUCCUCAUCGUUUUCAUAAUUGCCAUUGCCUUUGCCAAAAUAGUCACCACCAACGUAAGCGUUAUCAUAGUUUCAGUUGUAGCCUUUGCUAUAAAAAAGAUGAUAAAAUACAGAUUAACGACGAUAACGAUAUCACCAUGACGUUGCUCAGACGUCAUUGUAAUUCUGAUUAUGCUGAUAGCAAUAUUGCUUUAUUAACGUGUUCAGCGGCCGAUAAUUUAGAGAAUGCUUCAAUAUGCUCAUGGGAGGCUGUGGAAGAUCGCAGCGCUCCAUCAUCUAGCGCUAGUUCCUCCAUACAACAAUCGAACACCACAAGUGCCCUCUGGGUACCAGACCACGCUGUGAAACGCUGCACCAGCUGUCAAGUCGAAUUCUGGAUAGGCCGCAGAAAGCAUCAUUGCCGCUCGUGUGGGCAAAUAUUUUGUGCCGACUGUUCUGAGUUUUGGGCACCGCUACCGGAUGCAAAGCUUUUUAAACCCGUAAGAUUGUGUGGACCCUGCUAUCUUGCCGUAACAACGAGAAUAGAGCAACAAAGCAACGCAAUCAUAGCAACAAAUAUGCCAAAUUAUACAGCCACAACCACCAGCACAACGGCUAUUGCUGCUUGGACGACUGGAGGAGCCUCAACUAUUUCGCCCAAAUUGGCGAUGUCUGCAAUCACCAAUGCAACGGCAGUCACAACUACACCUGCGUCCAGCACCAUAACGGCUACAGUGUUACAACAACAACAGCAGCAGCAACGGCAGCAUCAGCAACCCAAAACACGGCAUAAUGUAGCCGCAGCAACUACAAUAACAAAUGGAGCAUUGACUAACUUGCAUCAGCCAAUUGCAGUACACGGCAUCGCUGUUGCCACUGCAAAUACACCUGCCUCAAGUACACGGAUGAUGGCACCAAUACCCAUAACAUCCGCUGCAGCAGACGCGCUACAACAGCAGCAGCAACAAAGACAGAAUGCAGCAGCGGCAGCAGCGACUGCAAGCGCUACCGUGGCCGUUGCAGCGGCCGAGAGCAGCAGCAUGUCGCACAUAUUGAUGACAGCGAACAAAAAUAUUGCAGCCAGCGUUGCAAAUUAAUAAACAGGAGCUAAAGCCUAUAUAGUGCAUCAUUUAAUUUUAUUUCGCAUCAGAAAUUGAAUUUUAAUGAUCAUUAUUUACAUAAGAGACACAUCUAACUACAUAAAAUGCUGUUAAAUCUGAUAUUAUGUAAGUUUAGCAGCGAAUGUUGUGCUACUACAUCACACUACGGACAGUGACGAACGCGAGAGAGACUGUGCUGCCAGACUGUCGGCAACUUUGUUGCUAUCGUGCCUAGACAUGUGUGGAUUAUAUUGCUUAACGCCGCGUGCUUGUAUUAUUUUUUGAAUUUGUAUUCGUUGACUUUUUUUAACUUUAACUAUACAGUGUUCAGGUAUGUACAUGUUUGACCAUCGUAUAUGUAUUUUAUAGUAAUUCUCAAAAUACAAUUUUACAUAA